AUGGACCCAGGCCUACAAGAGGCAGAUGUCGCAACCUUCGGCAAUGAAAAUGGACUCAAUGGCAAUAACGAUGAAGACACUGUCUCCGAUGCCGAUUCGGAUGAAAUGGAGCUUCGAGGAGAUAUCGAAAAGUUUGAUCAGUCUGUCCGAGAGUUCCUCUCUUCUCAUCACGGUGGUGGAACAGGAGGCGGCGGCGAUGAUGGUGGAGGCGACAUCGGAAGGCCUCCUCCAGUCCCAAAGGGCAAGAACACAGCCCGAGGUGGCGUUCGUGGACCCAGAAAGGCUGCCGAGCCUCGAGGCGACAUCAAGCUUCGUCUCGCAGGAGUCAACCAGGCUUUUAUGAGCGGCGAUUAUGCCCGUGCUCAGAACCUCGUCUUUGAGAUCAUCAGAAUCAAUGCCGAAACCCACCAAGCAUGGACUGUCUUGGCCUCCAUAUUCAGAGAGGAGGGCCUCAACGAUAAAGCCUUGAUGGCUAUGGUCAUCGCCGCUCAUCUGCGACCCAAGGACUUUGCAGCCUGGAUGAACUGUGCGUCAUUUGCCAUGAACCUUGCCGAAGCUGGCCAGGAGGGCGCCCUCAAGACAGCACUCAUGUGUUAUUCAUCUGCAAUCAAAGCUCAGCCGGCCAAUAUCGAUGCAAGAUUGGGUAGAGCUGAAGCAAGCCAUCGCCAAGGUUUCUUGUCGCAAGCCAUUACCGAAUUCUCCUAUGUCAUCGAACGUCGCCCGCUGGACAUAGAUGUCGUUAGGAGGUUGGCCGAGGCCUGCGCCGACUCCGGUGGUACGGAGGAUGUCCAGAAGGCUGUUUCUGCAUACAAAACAUACUUUGCGCAUGCGCGAGCAGCGGAUCGUGGUGCAGAGAGAGAGCUUUCGUGGCAUGACGUCAGCAUAUACGUUGAACUCUUCGCUUGCGCCGGAGACUUUUCGACCGCUAUCACGGAUCUCAAGUCACUUUCGCGUUGGCUACUUGGACGCCAGGAUGAUCACAGGUGGGAUGAUUGCGUCGAUGAUAGGGAAUGGGAUCGUGACGACACGCGCCGUGCUCACUUUCUUUCGACUGAACCCUCUGUAUACAAUCCUUAUGCAUAUGGCCUAGGGCUGCCUCUGGAGUUCAGGGCUCGUCUUGCCUUGUAUCGACUGAAGAUCCGUGACGAAGAAGAAUCGAACAGGCACCUUCAAUGGCUAGAUCCAACCGAAUCUGCCACAGCUACCGCCGUUGAAAAUUUUCCUUAUCUGAUUCGUGAUAUUGCGGACGAGCUCUUCGCCGUCCAGCGGUACUCCGAGGCGCUCGACUACUACGAACUUCUUCGGCAUUCCAUCUACGGUCAAGAUGCCACCUUAUUGCUACAUCUUGGGCGCUGCUACCUGACAAAAUCGGAUCUGGUUGCGGCGGAAGAUUGCUUCCUGGUAGCCAUUGAGGUCGACGAGAGUAGCAUUGAUGCCCGCAUCGAGUUGGCCAGGAUUUACGAAAAAGCAAAGGAAGAAGAGGAAGCUCUCAUUCUUGUCACGGAAGCCAUUGCUCUUCAAGGCAUUAGCGACGACAGUGACCAGUUUGGCGAUGGCAGGGGAGAUCUGGGAGGCAAUCUCGAUCGGUCUGCUCCAGGGGCCCGCGCUUCAACCUUGGCAAAUGGCAAUAAACCUCGACGCAAGCGAGAGACCAAGCGUGGACCGGCCAACAGCAGAAUCGUUCGCCCAAGAUACCGGCCCAAGAGACUGAUUGCUCCGGAUCAGCGCAUGCAAGAAGAACGUGCGCGGGCCGAUGAACUCACCAGGCGCUACGAAGUUGUGCGUAACCUGAAGAAGGAAAUACAGGCAGGUGACCACUCAUUGAUAACAACGUGGAUGACCGCUGCUGGCGAACUGGUGGGCGAGUUCAGGUCCUUCAGAAAAUUCUAUCCCUGGGACAAAUAUCUCAAAUUCCUUGGCGCUGCCAAUGAUGUCGUUUUUAGCGCCUCGUCGAGAACGCAGCCAGUUCUCUCCGAGUUAGCGGAAAGACUCUCAAAAAACAUGAUCCCAUCUCUUUCUGACGAUAAGCGUAUGGGCGUUAUGUACGAAGAUGAUGGUUAUCGCGGAAUCCCUUUUGGCGAAUGGCUCGAGCUGUUCCUCGACUAUGCCAUCAGCCUGGCGCUAGCUAAUCGAGCGGAGGAGGCAUACCAGGUCUGUGAAGCGGCGCGAGACUCCAUCGUCUUCGUCAACUCCAAGGAUUACAUGUUUUUGAUACAUGUGGCAUGGGCGGCCUGUGCGAUAUAUCUCUCUGAUGAGGAGAUGUGCGUAGCUGUUGCUAGGUUCUUCAUGAAGGUCCGACAGAAGGACUCAGAUUCGUAUCGCAUGUUUGCCGCCUUGUGCAGACUGUGCCAGUCCCCAGCUUCGUGGUAUAAUUCAGGACCCGCCCAGAAAUACAUCCUACGCCAGAUCAAGAUCAUCGAUGCCUCUCACUUUGCCACAUCACACACACAUCUGGAUCAGGAGGCUAUGGCGGGGGGGCGGAUAGACACCAUCGAAGCCAAACAGCUCGACAUUUGCCUACUUAUGCUCUACGGCCACAUUCUAUUCACCUCUACGAGCUACACGUUCGCUCUGAAUUACUUCCUUCGGGCGCGGACACUGGACCCUCUGAACCCCAUGAUAAGUCUUAGCGUCGGGCUAGGAUACAUACACCACGCGCUCAAGCGACAGGCAGACAACCGUCAAUACCUCAUUAUGCAGGGGUUCGCUUGUGUGUUUGAAUUCUGCCACUCGAAGCUCUCAGGGACGCUAGAGAAGAGAAUGGAGGCGUAUUUUGGAGUGGCAAGAACAUUUCACAUGCUCGGUCUACACCACUUGGCGCUGGAAUGGUAUCAAAGGGUCCUUACUGCAGAGGGCUCAGAUGUCCCCGAGAUGGGCGAACCGCAGGACAACCCGAGCAAUCGGGAUGUGAUACUGAGCGCUGCGUACAAUGAGUAUGCGCUCUUCAUUAGCAGUGGGAGCGCCGAGGAACUUGAGAAAUCUGUUCUGCCACGACUCGUUCUCUAG